AUGUGGUACCAGACCAGCUGCUUCUUUAAUAAGAUUUUAGAAGCAGCAUAUAGUAAUCGCCUCGUGUGCACCAGAGCGGAGGGUGAGACGACGCGACGUGGGAAGCAAGAUGCAGAUCUUCGUGAAGACGCUGACGGGAAGACGAUCACGCUGGAGGUGGAGAGCAGCGACACCAUCGACAACGUGAAGGCGAAGAUCCAGGACAAGGAAGGCAUCCCGUCGGACCAGCAGCGCCUCAUCUUCGCGGGGAAGCAGCUGGACGACGGCCGCACCCUGGCCGACUACAACAUCCAGAAGGAGUCGACGCUGCACCUGGUGCUGCGCCUCCGCGGCGGCAGCAGGGGCGGCUACCCCGAGGGGAUCGGGCCCAGCCUCCGCGAGCUCGCGCAGAAGUACAACGAGAACAAGAUGGUCUGCCGCAAGUGCUAUGCACGGCUUCCUCUCAGGGCAACCAACUGCCGCAAGACGUGUGGGCACACCAACGCGCUGAGGUCAAAGAAAAGGUUCAUGUCCAAGAUUGGUGGAACAUGA